AAAUGACUUAUUCGGUUAUUUUUAACUUGUGACACUCAGAACUAGGAACUAACAAUAAAAGUGAUACAAGGAAGAGGUGAACUUAAUGGAUAGCGUCUCAUCCGUCCUGAAGUAUUUGGGUACUUUAAGUGUGUCAUCAGUUAUACAUUUUUAAUAUAUAGACAGACGACAGCACAGCAGUUCCAGUUCUGUAAUUCAGAUGUGCAGAAAUGAGCGAAUUACCCGACUUUUCACUACCAUCAUCCGAAUUCGGGCGGGGCGUCUCCGCGACAACAUCCGAGAUUGACAGCACCACGUGCAGCACCGUGAAUUCUGGUGCAUGUAGCCGCACAGAAACUAGAGAGGAGACAUGGAAUACAUUGAUUAACAAACCUAUUCCCGAAGCAAUAGCGCCAGGCAAUAUAAUAGAAGAAAUCAUGUUCAGCGAAAAAACUUCAGUCAUGUCCAGGGAUGUUGUCCACUCUUCAGAAUAUGCAUGCGUUAACAGUCCGGAUAUCCGGAAACUCUCCGACGACUUUGACAGCACAGAUUCGGAAUUUACAGCAGAAAAUGUCAUCGCAGCUGAUGAAAGGUUGCGUGUCACGCCAUGCACGUCACAACCGUACAGGUGGAUUUGUUAUUUAGAAAUAACAACCGUAACUGGACUUACGUACAAAGGAACAGGGUUUUUCAAUACUAUGUUAGGCCCUGGGAAACCUGGCCUGAUCCUGACGUGUGCGCACAAUUUGUACAUCCACAAUCAUGGAGGCUAUGCAAAGAAGAUCAGAGUGUACCCUGGAAGAGACAUGGGGAACACUCCAUACGGGCACUUCACUGUGUAUCCGGAGUGUUUCAAAGUCCCGGAUGCUUGGCUAGAAUCCAAAUCACCAGAGUACGAUUACGGGGCUCUUUUCGUCACAGAUCCAAACCUUAUCCCUAAAGCGGUGUACGGUUUUGGAUAUAGGCUUCUAGAUGAUUCUGAUUUAGAAAAACGUGUGAUAACAAUAGCUGGUUACCCUGGCGAUAAACCGGAUGGUACUCUUUGGGUUGCCGGGGGAACGAUUGGUCGCGUGUUGCCGUAUGCCGUCCAUUACGACAACGACACGGAAGGAGGUCAAAGCGGUAGCCCCGUGUGGACUUGGGACAAAUAUAACUGGAUGGUGGUCGGAAUUCACGGAUAUGGAGGAAGCAUGCGGAACUCAGCUCGUCGGCUGACAGCGGACUUGGUCAGGCAGGUUUACGCUUGGUCUGAGGAUUUGCCCACGGCAACAAGUGACCGACAUUCAAUGACCUCUUUUCGCAGUAGUAGUUAUCGUUGGAUGAGGAUCACAAGUAGAAGUGGGAGAGAAACAACUGUUUAAUGAGAUUAUUAGACACGUGAAGUUUUAUGACAUCACAAAAUGCACACGUGUUGGCGUGGACAGAAACUUGUUUAUCUGU